UCUCUUUGGCGCCUGGCGCCAGUGGAAGUAUAUAAGGUCAGUUAAUUUGUGUGAACCGUUAGUUUCAACUUCACCUUGGACAUAUCAUGAAUAGUCUGAUUCUUGUCUCAGCAGCCCUAUCCUGCGUAUCCUCGGUUCCCCUGGAUGCAGGAUAUGGGAUUCCUGUAGCUCCUGUUCUUCAAACACAUGUUUUUCACAAUGAUCCAGUUGUGCAUGCAGCUCCUGUUGUCCAUUCAGCUCCUUUUUUCACAGUUCCCCAGGAACACUUCCCUGUUCAGAUCAUUCACUCCGCCCCUGCAUCUGUAGUUCACUCAGCCCCAGUACCUGUAAUUCAUUCAGUGCCAACCCCAGUUGCUAUCCCUUCUAUUCCUUCCAGUCAGUUCCAUGCUCAAGAUGAGUUUGGCCAGCACAGCUUUGGAUAUCAGAAUGAGAAUUCAGCCCGUGUGGAAUCUAAGGAUGCCCUGGGUGUCACCAGAGGUAGCUACCAGUAUGUUGAUGCCAACGGUGUUCUCCAAACCACCACCUACAUUGCUGAUCCCAUAAACGGGUUUAGAGUUGCUGCCACAAACAUCCCUGUAGCUGUUGCUAACCCUGCCGUUGCUAUCCAAGAAGCUGUUAUGGAGACCCCUGAAGUUGCUGCUGCAAGAGCUGAACACUUAGCAGCUCAUGCUGAAGCUGUUGCAACUCAUGCUCUGGCUGAGAGGAAGAGACGAAAUGCUGAACCUAUUGAAGCCACAUACGGAUUACCAUCCGCACCUGUCCUUGUUCACUCUGUUCCUACCCAAUUUGUACACGCUGCACCUUUCCUCCAAUCUGCUCCCUUAGUUCAUGCUACUCAGCCAGUUUCCUUUUUCCACAAUGCUCCUGCACCCCUGAUCCAUAGUGCACCUGCUCCUAUCCAGGUAGUCCAAUCUGCCCCUAUUCACUCUGUAUCUAGCCCUGUGAUUGUAUCAGCUCCUGCUCCCUUUUCAACCCCAGUUGCUCUCCCAUCUAUUCCCUCCAGUCAGUUCCAUGCUCAAGAUGAGUUUGGUCAGCACAGCUUUGGAUAUCAGAACGAGAACUCUGCUAGAGCAGAAUCCAAGGAUGCCUUUGGUGUCACCAGAGGUAGCUACCAGUAUGUUGACGCUAAUGGUGUUCUCCAGACCACCACCUACAUUGCUGAUCCCGUCAACGGAUUCAGAGUUGCUGCCACAAACAUCCCUGUAGCUGUUGCCAACCCUGCUGUUGCUAUCCAAGAAGCUGUUAUGGAGACCCCUGAAGUUGCUGCUGCAAGAGCUGAACACUUAGCUGCUCAUGCUGAAGCUAUUACUCAAGGAGCUGCUGAAGCAUAAGAAUCAGUUUUAAUCUACCACCAUCUUGUUUCCUAUAGGCCUUUUUGGUUUUUACAACCUAGUUGGCGUUUUGUUGCCCAAGAGAGUUCAUAGACAUCCCCCUAGCUUGGCUCAAAGCAGAAGUUAGUAGUUUGAACUAACGUGAAGUUGAACAUUUAUAAAGCAUCUUUAUUUGUAUAUUUAUUGACAUAUCAUCUAUGUGUAGAAAUAUAACUUCUAUAUACUAAAA